CAAAAUAAGUAUUGUUAUUCAGUAAAUUUACUCUGUAAAGGAAAUGAUUAAGUUUUAACCACUGUGGUUUUCAGAAAUAAUUAAAAGUAGCCCAGGAAUGAGUAAUUCACAUCCACAUUCAAUUUGCCAAACAUUUUAAAGAUUAACUAAUACACACCUACUAAGGCAGAAAUUUGGAGGGAAGGAGAGAAGAGCCACAUAAUCUGUUACAGCAAAUAUUAUGUGAUGUGCAUAUGUUACUUUUAUAAUCAAGUUACUGAAAAGAGCAAUGUUGGAAAAUUCUUGGUAAAUGUUGAGUUUUAUGUAUGUCAGGAUCUAUGAUUGGUGGGAAGGACAGCUGUUAUAAUAUGAUGCAGUGCGUUGCUGCUGGGCAUCAGAUCGUUGCUUUAGCAAAUCUGAGACCAGAUGAAAACCAAGAGAGGUCUGAUGAACUGGAUAGCUACAUGUAUCAGACAGUGGGUCAUCAAGCCAUUGAUUUAUAUGCGGAAGCGAUGGCUCUUCCCCUCUACCGCAGAACCAUAAGAGGAAGGAGCUUGGAUACAGGGCGGGAAUACACCAAAUGUGAAGGUGAUGAGGUUGAAGAUCUGUAUGAGCUUUUGAAACUUGUGAAGGAAAAUGAAGAAGUAGAUGGGAUAUCAGUAGGUGCCAUACUUUCUGAUUAUCAGCGUAUUCGCGUAGAAAAUGUGUGUAAAAGACUUAAUCUCCAGCCUUUAGCGUACCUUUGGCAGAGGAACCAGGAAGAUUUGCUUCGAGAGAUGAUAGCAUCUAACAUACAAGCAGUCAUCAUCAAAGUAGCAGCUUUGGGUUUAGAUCCAGAUAAGCAUCUUGGAAAAGCCCUGGAUGAAAUGGAGCCUUAUCUCUUAGAGCUUUCUAAGAAGUAUGGAGUUCAUGUAUGUGGAGAAGGUGGAGAGUAUGAAACAUUCACUUUGGAUUGCCCUCUAUUUAAGAAGAAAAUAAUUGUGGAUUCCUCAGAGAUAGUCAUACAUUCAGCUGAUGCAUUUGCACCAGUGGCUUAUCUGCGCUUUUUAGAAUUACACUUGGAGAACAAGGUGUCUCCAGUGCCUGACAGCUACAAAAUAUGUAGUUCUAUAUACAAUUCUUGAAAAGCAUUUUAGAACAUUGUAGACUAAACUAUCAUUUCUAUAAAAAAUACAUACCAGUUUGUCAGUUUUGAACAGCUUUUUCCCACAUUUUUAUGCCUUAGAAAAAUAUAGUUAUUUCCAGAAGAAAUUAGUGGAACUGUUAAUUAAUUGGGAAAAUAUCAUUGACUUCGUUCAGUAAUACUGCCUACUUCCUCAAGAUUCACUUUCUCUUUUUUAACACAUCUCGCUGUGAUCUCUGUCAUAGAGGGAAAAAUAUGUAUCCUUUUUCUUUUUCCUUUAUCCCCAACUCCCAUUUCUAUAACAUUUUAUCGCCACAUUAGUGCCUUUUCCUUUUCUUUCAUUUUUACAUCCCUGCCAAAUAUAGGUCAUGAUGCAGAAACAUCUGAAAAUGAAGGUAAAAAAGCAGUUAGUUUAGUCAAUAAAAUGAUUCUGCUAGUUGUCACCAAAGUGAUUUAUCAUUUUUGUUUUGAAUAUAUUCAUCCAAGAAUUUCAACAUAAUUGAACAAUCAGGAUGAUGAUCAUAACUGGUUAUUUUAUAACUGAUUUGAAAAAUACAACUUUCAAAUAUUACUUAUGCUGACCGUAGGAAACUUUUUUUAAAAUAAUACUUUUUUCUAGAAUACAUUUUGUUUCACAGCAAAAUUGAGCAGAAAGUGGAGUUCCCAUAUAUAUGCUCCCUAUCUCUGCACAAGCACAGCCUACUCCACUGUCAACAUCCUGCCAGAGUGGUAUAUUUGUUACAGCUGAUGAACCUACUUUGAUGAAUUAUCACCAAAAGUCUGUAGUUUGCAUUAUGUUCACACUUGUAUUUUAUAUUGUAUGGGUUGUAACAAAUAUCUAAUGACAUAUGUUCCACCUUUUUUAUCCCUCCCUUCCCUGUAUUCCCUGCUAACCAUUGCAUUGAUCUUUUUACUCUCACCGUAAUUGAAUUUUGCAAAAUGGCAUAUAGUUGAAAUUUUUACAAUUUAUAGCCUUUUCAGAUCAGCUUGUUUCACUUGUUAAUAUGCAUUUAGGUUCCCCUGUGUCUUACUAUGUAUAGCCUGUUACCUCAUUUCUUUUUGAUGCUAAAUAAUAUUCCAUUGUUUGUAUAUACCAAAGUUUAUCCAUUAAGUUCCCAAAGAAUAUCUAAGUUGCUUCCAUUUUUUGCACUUAUGAAUAAAGUUGUUAUAAACAUCCAUGUACAAAAUUUUACUGUGAAUGUAAAUUUCCAGUUCAUUUGUGUAAAUACCAAGGAGCAUGAAUACUGGAUCAUAAGAAAAUGGUAAGGAGAUGUCUAGUUUUUAAAGAAAUUGUCAAAUUGUCUUCCAUAGUAGAUGUACUGCUUUGCAUUCUUGCCAACAAUUAAUGAAUAUUGGAUUUUAUCUA